AUGAAUUAUUUUUCACAACAUCAACCACUCGUCGUAUCCUCCAACCCUCCAACCAAACAACAACAACCCAAUGCCAUUAUUCACUCACUCAACGUAUUGAACCAUCCUCCUAACAGUAGCUUCUACCCAAUUUCUCAACAUGUCUCCAAGAAGAACAUUUUUCACAGUUCCUGUAAUUUUACACCACAAGCGCAACCACCACUCCAACAAGAGAAUGAACAAACAACAACAACAACAACUCCUAUCGACGACGACGUGAUGCCAAGCUCCACUGGACCAACCUCUGUCAAUGGUGAAGCGAAGCGUACUACUAACAACAACGAGAAUCAACAUGAUGUUGCUUGUUGGCCCAUCGACCUUGUCGCAGACCACAGCGCUGCAUCUAUUCUCUCCUUUCCUUUCGUGGGUACAUUAUCCGAAAGCGGUAAUUUGGACAAUUUGCGAGAUGUUUUAGUACUAGCAGGAGAGAAUAGUAGUACCACCACCACUCCUCCAACUGGAUCUGAUAUGGACUGUGAUGGUACUACUUCUACUACUUCCAUGUUCACACAAGAACCAUCAUUGCAACAACAACAACCUCUCAUGAAAAAGAAGCAACACUCGCAUGAUUCUGUUGUUGUUGUUGUGAAUCCAAGUCGUCACCAUGUUAUUCAAAAUCAGAUGAUCACAACCACCGUUCCAUGCUCUUCGUCAUCAUCAUCCAACAACAACAACAACAACAACAACACUCUGACCUCUUCUGUGCACCACAUUCCUUCUGCUGAAAUUAUGAAAUCCUUAUUAAGCAGCAUGGGAUCGAUUUCACAACAACAGCAAUCCACAUUGAAUGCACUUCAUCGAUCUUACUCCCAACAACAACAAGUUUCUCAAAUGCAUGUCCUUUCCUCAUCAACUCCUCCUCAUCAUCAUCAUGGUCAAGCAAGUCCCAUUCCUCAACAUCACUUGGUAUUGAAUCAUCAUCAACAUUUACCACAACAAUUCUUGUACUACUCUCGUCCACCACAACAUUCAGUGAUCAACACUAUACCAACAACCAUUUCUUCUUCGGAUCAGCAUUAUGUCCAUGCCUUGUUACAAGUAUUAAGCUCAAACUCGGAACCUAAUCAUGGAUCGAUCCAUGCAACAACGACCAAUUCCAAUGCCAUCAGUCCUUCUCUUUCACAUGAUGCCAUCCAUUUCACACACAUGAACCAGAAUCCAUUUCACACGUGCAAUUUACCAAUUUUUGGACAAUCCGCUGCUACAACCGCUCUUCACAGUAGUGAUCCACAUGAAGAACAAUCCUUUGUUUCAUUACUUUCCAGUGGGGGUGGAUUGGAUGCUUUCACAACAAAUAGUUUUUCAUCCUCGGUGAGUAGUCACAGUCACUCGUCACCCAGUGUUUCGAGUCCAAAUUUCACACCAUCGAACAGUCGUGCAGCUGUGACAUCAUCUCCACAAUCUGUUGUGAAUCAAGGUGUUGAUACUGCCAUUCCAUCCACGAAUCAGAAAGGAAAAGCUUCUCCUUCGUCUCCAAGAAUCAAGGCGAAAAGAUCCUCACGAAAAUCCUCGUCUUCUUCAACCAACACAGCAGCAGCAACAACAACUCAUUCAUCAUUACUUGAACAAGAUGCUACCUCGAAAGCAAACUUGCAUGCAGUGAGAGACAUGUUCCCAGAUCCAGAGCAGAGAAAUUGUGUCAUUUGUAAACGAUCCAACAUGUCCUUUAAAAAGAAUUACUUUGUCCAUGCAAGUAAUAUUGAGAUUUAUAAGAAAACUUUUCCUGGAUUGGCAGACAGUAUUGAAUUUGGUCCUGUGUGCUCGACCGAUUUUAACAAAGUUUGGAGAUAUUCGAGAGGAGAGUACAUUCCAUCGAGUAAUGGAAAUAGUGGAAGAAUUGUGAAAAAUCCAUUGAAUGAAAACAAACCAAGUAAUAAGAAGAGAAAAUCGAAGAGUGGUAACUCUGAGCAAGGAACAAGUGCAGGAGGCAGCAAUGAAGGAAAUUCUUCGAAUGGAUCUUCGAGAAGUAACAAGAGAGUGAAAAAGACGGUCAGCCAAGCCAUUCGUCAUUCAGAGAUACCCUCUUCAAGCAUAAUUGCAGAAGAACACGAAUCAUCCAUUCAAGAAUCUCAUGACACCACAUUGAUGCAUGAAGUAUUGAGUAGCUGCUCGAAUCAAUUAUUGGAUCCAUUCAACAUUGGAUUGGAAUAUCCAAUUCUUGAAAUGGAUUGUAAUAUUACUGUGAUUAGUUUCAAGAAGAAAUCCGACGAGUCGUUUAAUUUGAUCAGUCUGAUGCAAAUUGCUAAUCACCUCUAUCAAGACAGUGCAUUAUGUACUUCAAAGAGUUAUUUGGAGAUGUUUAAGGAAGAUAUUGCACAAAGAUACGCAGAUGCAGCUCGAUAUUGUGACAACAAUUCCAUACCCGAGACCAUUCAAACCAAUGACAUUCUUUCGAUAGGAAUUUUAAGUCAGAAUCAAACAGAUCCAUUGAUGGAGCUGGAUGAACAGUAUUUGCAAAAUUAUGUCCAGUCGAAAGCGCGUCAGUUGCUUCAAAGUGGAGACUGUUUAACCAUUAUCCUAAAAUAA